GCGAUAACAUUCAAUCUCGAAAGCAUACCACACGACAUUGAACAUCACAAACAGCUCAAUUACGCCAUAUCGUGUAUCCUAUCCUGUGACGUCGCGACGAAGGGAUAGAAGAUCGAAAAUAGAAGCAGGAAGAAAAAUUUAUCAGUUUGUGAAAAGGGAAAUCAGCAAACAUGCCUCAGGAUAUGCCGCCAAAGGGCGGGUAUGAAGCCGUGCAGUAUAAGAGAAAUCUUCCAGCUCGCGGUUUCAGACCCUCGGUUAUGCUUUUGGCCAUGGCUGGAGUUAUGACAUAUGGAUUCUGGAAAGUAGGAAAGGGAAUUCGGGAGCAGAAUGAACUUGCCCGUGAAAAAAUGUGGUCUAGAAUCCACUUGAUCCCACUUUUGACAGCGGAAACCGAUCGUGACCUUGUCAGAAGACAUUGGGCAGAUUUGAAGAGAGAGAAGGAAUUGUUGGGCAGUGAGACUAGUCCAUAUAACAGCGAUAGAUACGUUAGACCUACAUACGCAGUUACUCCUAUUCAAGUCACUAAGGAUUAGAUUGGUGCGAAGGAUGUCAGAGAUGUUGAAAUUUUGGGGAGGGGAACUUUUGUGAGUGCAGUGGGCUGAGAAGGACUGAGCUGAACCAUUACUUUGUUUUUGUUCGAUCUUUGGUCUACAGUCAAGGGUAAGCGAAUAGGAUGCAUUCGGAUGAUGCGAAUGGAAUGUAGAUAGGUGGUUGAUGGAUUUGGGAAUCGUGGAAGGAAGAAGCAACAGAGAGGAGUAAAAUAAAAAUGAUAUAUGAAAGUAAACAUGAAACCCAAUCACCGGUUUUUCUGGAUGAUUGAUUGCUGUCAGUAGGUGUGAGGUCUGAAAAGUUGGAGAAGA